CAAAAUAAUAUUACUGUAUUUUCGUAUAAAAUACUAAUUAUAAACUGAUUAAUCAACAUAAUACAAUAUAUUAUUUAAUUUAAUAUUUUAUGAGCGUGCUGAAAUAUAUUUGUAUGUUAAACAUUCUCAGAGAAGUUUAAGGAGUCUCAACGGUUCAAUCUCAUAUCAAUUAUUUAUUGUUAUUAAUCACAGGAUGAGUGAUACCGACAAGAUAGUUUCAGCUUUUUUCGCAUCUCCGCAAAGUUAUCGAUCUGAAGAGGUUGAAGAUAACGACGAUGACAUUUGUGAGGAAUUUUUAAAAAUAAUAGGUGACUACAAUGAAUCUCUUAAAAACAUCAAACUGCCAGAAACAGUUACACAUGUAUACAAUCCUACCAUCUAUGCUAGAGAUACUUUUGAAAUGUAUAUUAGAAAAUAUUGUAAUACAAAAAAGAAGAUAAUGUUCUUUGGUAUGAAUCCUGGUCCAUGGGGAAUGUCACAAACAGGAGUACCUUUUGGAGAAAUAUCCUCAGUCCGUGAUUGGCUUGGUAUUGAAGGGUGUGUUGGAAAGCCCUUAGAGGAAAAUGCUGCUCGCCCAGUUAGGGGUUUUGAUUGUACUAGGACAGAGGUCAGUGGCAAAAGAUUUUGGGGUCUAUUCAAAAAAUUGUGUGGUUUUCCAGAAGUUUUUUUUGAGACAAGUCUUGUCUAUAACUAUAUUAACCAACAGUGGAUGAACAGCAAAGGAUGCAAUAUUACACCAGCUGAUUUCAAAAUGUCACAAAUGGAAUCUCUUUAUAAUAUUGGAGAUCUUGUAUUUGCAAAUGUAUUGAGACUGUAUGGAGUUGAAACUGUUGUUGCUAUCGGAAGGUUCUGUUUAGUAAGAGCACAGAAGGCUAUUUCACAGUAUAUUCUGCUUAAAAAUGUUAAGGUUAUCUACUUACCUCACCCUAGCCCAAGAGUUGUAAACAAUAAUGAUUGGGAGGAGAGAGCAAUAUCAUGCUUAAGAAAUAACAACUUAUUACAGUAUUACUGCAAUGAAGACUUGCCAGUACUCCAACAUAAAACUUAAAUUAAUCUCAAUAUUAAAAACUGUAAUUUAAAAUAUUUAAAAAACAAACAAAACACUAAGGAGUCUAUUAAAAAUGUAAUACAAU